UGAUUAUUAACUUUGACAGUUACCUAUGUAUAAUCGGUUUGAAUUUUGAAUACAAUAAAAUAGAAUAGAAUAAAAUAUUCAAUUAAUCAAAUAAUAAAAUAAAUAUAUAGGUAUUAUAAUAAAUAUUAUUUUGAAUGUAAAUAGUUUAAAAACAAUAAUGGAAUUAAAUGAAAGAAGGGAGUGUGUUCAAGAAUUACCAAAUACUAAUCGGGAACAGAUUGGAUACCUCGGUAUAUAUGGGCAGAAACAUCCAUUGUUUAUAGGUCAUAACAAAAUAGGAAGGGACCCACAAACAUGCCAUAUAGUUUUAAAAUCUCAUUGGAUUGCGAAACAACAUGCUUUGAUAAAUAUAAUAAACAAAAAAGAGUUAAUGGUUAUGGAUUUAGAUUCUAUAGGAAGAACAAAAUUGUUUGGUAGGGACUUAUCACCAUACAUACCUUACCGGAUAAACAACGGAGAUGUAGUGGAGUUUGGAAAUUUGUUUGGGGUAGUAACCGUGUUGGAAGACGACAAAGUGGAACCAACCGUCUCUGGUAUAUCGGUCACUUCUAAUGAUGUCUCGAACCUUAAUGAAGCCCCAACCGCUUUAACACAUGACCUUCAUUCAAAGCCAUUGGAUGUGACCAACAAGGCUUCCUCUGUAACACCAGCACAAGGAAAAAAUAAAAAAACGCCUGCAAAAAGAAGAAAAACUUUACCAAUUGCAGGGAGACGUAGUACAUCGACAACUUCACUCACUGCUGCUGACACCCCUAGUACUAGCGCCUACGAAUCAUCCGUACCGAGUAAAAUUGGGAAUGAUAGCAAUGUUAAUUGUGAAGACGACGUACUACGACAGAUAUUAGAGCAUUUGCCUCAAGUACGCAAAAUUGAUGAGCAGCAUGAAAUGGAGAUAAGUAUUUAUGCAGCCAACAAAGAGAAUAACAAAGAUAUAUUUAAUGCUGAAAGCCAACCAUUCGGUAUUCUUAAUGAUCCUAUAGAGAGUGAGAACAAAAAUAAAAAUAAUGUUACCAAUACCGGUUGCUCAGCUGAUGAAGACAACAGGCAAAAGCUAAACACUCCAGGAGAAGAAGUGCUCGUCGAUGACAUUGACGGCGAAAGCAAAAAACAAGAAACAAAACCUGUACCGGUGGAGCCGAAGACCUUGGUCACCCCGGAGAAGGCGUCUUCGUUCAGCAUCCACCUGUGCAAGGACCAGUGCUCCCAUUGCAAGACCAGGUUUCAUAUCUUCGACAAACCGCGUCAUAUAGCUCAGAUCAAGAAACUCGAAACACAGAAGAAAGUUUUGGAUAAUGAGAAGACGCUGACUAUAGACAGUUGCUUAUGUGAUGCGUGCUAUCGGUGCGUGAUGCAGCGCAACAACCGCCUGUCUCGCCGCAAGCGGGUGGUUAGCAAACACCCCAAUAUUUUAACGCGCAAGUUUCCCAAAAAAUACAACAUAAAAGUACGACGGCAACUAAAAAAUGACACAAAACUGGUACAAAAUGACGAACUGAAAAUGGAACCUGGACAAAAAUCUACUGCACCAGACAAGAUAGACGAUGAGUCUUCUGCAAAGCCCAACGAGAACACCCUUGAAGAAAUCAUAGUUAUAGAAAGCAGUGACGAUGAAAAACAGCCACAGUUGAACCAGAACGAAACACUAGUUAACAAUGCUUUAUCAAGUGAUCCUAACCAUCAAACUAAUAGUUCUGAGACUGGUAUACAAGUAGAACCACAAAAUGAACUAAAACAACAGAAUGGCCCCAUACAAUUUCCCCCUGACCUAAGUGUGAAAAAGAUAUUGAAAGAAGUAAGGAAAGGAAAACGUAGUAUUCAAGAUCCAGACAAAACACUAGAGGAGUGUACUAGGAAGGUGGAUCCUGAACCAAAUCCCCCACAAAACGACAGCCUCAAUAAAGAUUUUGAGGAAGAUAUAGCAAAGAUAAAUAUUGUUAAGAAAAUCCCACUGAAUGAAGAAUGUACCAUAGAAUCCACAUCUAACAAGAAACUAGCUGAUAUAAUUCUAUUAAAAAGCAUGUUGUCGGUUAAAAACGACGAGAAAGAAGAGAAUAACGAAAAUAUAGCAAAAGAACGUAUCACUAUACUAAAGAAUAUUUCCCUGAAUAAAGAAUGUACUAUAGAAAUCAUACCCAAAAAGAAACUACACACUACUGAUAUGGAUAUAUCAAAAACCAAAAAUGAAAUAUCUGAGAACACCACCCAAGUUUCGUCAGAGAAUAUUGGAAACGCGAAAGAGUCUAAUCCUGUGCAAAGUGAUAAUCAAGAGAGUAGCAAUAGAGUGACGGAAGAUGUUCCAGUAGUAGACAAUGUAUCACGUGAAGAAUCUUCUAUAGAUACUACACCUAGAAUGAAACCAGCUGACAUAAUUCUAUCGAAAGGCAAAUGGCUGAUUAAAAAGGACCUGAAUGAGAUGUUAAAGAAGAAAAAGAGGUCUAAAGUGAGAUUGUAUAGGGGCAUACGUUCUGUUAUUAGAAUAGGUGAUAAUAACGAGGGUACAGUGAACCUCCAAUGACACCUAAUGUAAUAUUCCAAUGUAAUAUUCCACAGAAUGACGGAUCAGUUGUAGAAGCCAUACCCGACAAGACACCACCUAAUAUAAACUUAUCAGAAAACAAGGUACAAGUUGAUAAGAACGAAGCUGAAACGUCAAAUAAUGAAAAUAAGUUAAAUUCUGAGGACUCUUUAAAGACUUUGGAGAUGAAUCCCUCGAUUACCGUUCGCCAAAUAAUUCCAGGUGAAAGCGAGAUGAACUUGCAGUGUAACAUAGAGUUUGACAAUGUGAAGGAAGUGACUUCUCAAGGUUGGGAGAAGUGCGAUUCCACGAUCCAGUUCGACGAAGAAACCAAGAAGGCUUGGUGCGAACUCCAGCGGCCGUACGGGAACCUUUCCUCGUUCUUACGUCACCUCGUCCGGUUAGAGAAGUACUUUCGACAAGGGGACUUGAUAAUAUCACCUCGCAAUGCCCCAAAUGGGCCUAUACAGUGAUUCUAUUAAAAGCAGAGAGCUAUUAACUUUACCUAACUAAAGUAUAUUUUAUCUCAAAGCUUUAAUAAUAAAUUUUAAGUAAUAAUAAUAUGAAUGUAGUGACAGAUAUUAAUAAUUAUAAUGAGAACAUAGUGGACCUAUUAUACUGUGAAUUAUAAAUUUUAAGCUAAAAUAAUAUUAUUAUGAAUGUAGUGACCGAUACUAUUAUAUACUGAGAAAAUAGUGUAUUAUACUGAGAAUUAUAUUAGGUGUAUAUUAGUGAUGUAACGAAAUUCCCAUUCGAAUUCACGAUUUUUUCCACAUUUUUGACAGGUAAAGGUAAAUUCAAAGAGGAAUGGUGUUAAUUUCUUUCAUAUUAUUUAUUAUAAAACCUUAUUUUCUGAUCGAACUGUCUUACAAUCAUAAUACUGUAAUUUUUGGUGAUUAUUUGGUAAUGUGAAUAAUCUUAACCUGUUAUUACAACUUACCACAUUAAGAAACAUGUGAAUAUUUUAAUCUUACUAAAACAUUUUUUAUUUUCUUAUACUUUUAUCAGUCUUUGAACUUAAAAUAAACUUUCGUUUUCAAACUAAAGUAUAAACUUGAUACACUUAAUACCUACCUACUUUACUAUUCUCGGAAGACGGAACACAUUUUGGCGGUUUCCUCGGGUACAGAUCCCAUCGUCAAAUAGUUCUCAUAUUGGUUUAAAGAAAAAUAUUUUAAGUUUUUAGGAGACUAUUUU